AUGGCAACUCUGCGAACGGGCAGCAUGCAUGGGAAAUGCUGCAAACGCUACAAUAACAACAAGCAGCUGAAAAAGCGACAAGUUCAGUCGUUGUUAGCGUUACCUACGCUCUCCAAGGAAUCCGUCGGUGAAUUACAUGCACUCUUGGAAGGUUUCGAGCGUAUUGUGCAAACACUUGACCAGGUGAUCCAGCCAGCUGACUACAAGGACCUUUUGCUGGUAAACAUCCUUACAGCACGUCUCGAUCCGGUCACUCGAAGAGGAUGGGAAAAGUUUUCGGCGGCUAAUGAGCAGGAUAUCUUAGCAGACCUUACGGACUUUCUUCAUCGACGCGUUCGUGUUUUGGAGUCACUUCCAUCAAAGCCCAUGGACACUAGGGGUGUCCAGCAGCCUAAUCAACUUCCAAAACAGAAGCCGCCGCAAUUACGUAUCAGUUCCAAUACAGCUCAAGCGUCUGUGGGACGCUGUGCGGCCUACUCAUCCAAUCAUCCCCUCUUCCAGUGUAGUACGUUCCAACGAUUAUCGGUGUCUGAUAGAGACGCCAUAUUGAAGACUCACUCUCUUUGUCGGAACUGUUUCCGGGCAGGCCAUCAAGCCAAGGAUUGCCAAUCGAAGUACUCGUGCCGGAACUGCGAGGGACGCCAUCAUACCUUGGUCUGCUUCAAAUCAGGAAGAGAAAGGGAUACGAAUGGGUCAACGGACAAUUCGUCAUCCAGUAAGGAACCGUCUACUUCAACUUCCUCCCAAGUGGCUAACAUGGCAGCCACCAACAUUUCAACAUGUAAUGCUGCGCACGGAUCUUCCUCCCAGGUCCUACUGGCUACUGCGGUCGUCAUGGUGGAAGACGAUGAAGGCAACCAGUAUCCAGCACGUGCUCUUUUAGACUAG